AAUUAGGUUAUUCCGGCAAGAGAUUCGGCCCAUGGCCAUGGGUAUCCCACGUUAGGAAAUAGAGAGUUAGUUUUUGAAGAAAGGAAAAGCAUAACAUAUUAACAUAGGAAUAAGAAAGCCUCUCAUUUUCCCAAACCCAAAAGGCCCAACCAAACCAGAGAGUCUCCAUUGCCCUUCGCUCCCUCUAUCGGUUCUCCCAUAGUCACGCGCGGCAAUUGGAGAUUCACGCGCCACCAUGGCAUCACCACCGACACUCCCCAUUUCCUCCCAAUCCAACGCCGCCGCCGCCUCGCAGUCCCAGCCUCCCAUCGCCACGCCAGCCUUCCGCGCCUUCAUCUCGCGCAUGUCCUCCUCCCUCCGCCACGCCUUCGCGCAGCGCCGCCCAUGGUCGGAGAUGAUCGACCGGACCUCCAUGUCGCGGCCUGAAACCCUCGCCGAAGCGUACUCGCGGAUCCGCAAGAACUUCUCCUACUUCCGCGUGAACUACCUGACGCUGAUCGUGUUCGCGCUCGCGGUGUCGCUCAUCACGCAUCCGUUCUCGCUCCUCGUCCUCCUCGGCCUCCUCGCCUCGUGGUGCUUCCUCUAUCUCUUUCGUCCCUCCGAUCAGCCUCUCGUGCUCUUCGGCCGCACCUUCGCCGAUCGCGAAACCCUAGGGAUCCUCGUUGUGCUCACCGUCUUCGUCGUUUUCCUCACCAGCGUCGGAUCCUUGCUGAUCUCCGCUCUCAUGGUUGGAAUGGCGAUUGUUUGCGCGCACGGCGCCUUUCGCGUUCCCGAGGAUCUGUUUCUCGACGAUCAGGAGCCCAAUAGCUCCGGAUUCCUCUCGUUCCUCGGCGGCGCCGCCGCUCCGGCCGCUGCACCGGCCGUCGCGCGCGUCUAAGCGGCGGGAUCUGGACGGCCUCUGUGUCCGGUGGAUUCUUCUCAGGUUGGUUAGGCCUUUUUUGUUGUAUUAUGUUCAAUUGAAUUUGUUGCAAUAUUCUUUAGCUUUUCCGAUCCAAAGCGAAUUGCUUAGGGUUUAGUUAUGUGACCUUUUUGUUUAAGCCUACAGAGUAUUGUGAUAUCAAAUCUCGAUUAAUGCAGUUUAGUAAAUGAUUUUGGUUCAGAAAUUGUUUGUCAUUUUCGCUUGAUUUGUACGUGCAUUUCUUCUUCCACGGUGGUAAUGCUACGUUCUAAUUUUUUGGGAUUGGACUGGAGAUUGACAGAAUAAGGCAGUUAUUUUUUCAA